GCCUCAAGUUGAGGAAAUUGUGGCCAGACAGGCAGUUCUGCUCCCCAUCGCCCUCCUGCUGACUCGCGGCUGCUGAGCCUGUGCACUGCGGAGUGUCUGGUGGGAUAGGAGCCGGCCUGGCCCCUCUGUCCUUUGGGUAUGUUGGGGCAAGCUCUUGCUCUCACACUUCUCCUGCUCCUCAAGGGGCAUCAAGGCCAAGAAUCCCUAAAUUCUGCUGAUGCUGUGGUUGGACUCUCAGGAGAGCCUCUCUGGUUACGGCCCCCCCGCACACAGACAAACGCAAGCUCUGCUCGCUGGAAGGUGCAGCUGCUCUCAAAGACAGAUUUUAAUGUGAUACUGUCUUGGAAUAAUCAUUCAAACAGUUUAGAUUGGACUUCAAAUAAUUCCACGAAGAGAUUCAAUUUUACGACUGAGGACUUGACUCUGAUCAUCAAGGCAGCUCAGCAGCAGGACAGCGGUCUCUACCUCCUGGAGGUCACCGUUAGUUCUGGGAAAGUUUGGACAAGCCAGUUUCAAGUCUCUGUAUUUGAUCAUGUUGAGAAGCCCUAUCUGCAGGGAAAGUUGACGGCCCUGGAGAGAGGGAUGUGCCAAGCAGUUCUGAACUGCUCAGUCUCCAGUGGUGGCAAUGUGAGCUACGCUUGGUACAGAGGGAGUGAGCUGAUCCCCACAUCAAGGAAUGUCACCUACCUGGAGGAGGAGACUGAUGUCAAUGGCUCACAUGUAUAUACGUGCAAUGUCAGCAAUCCUAUCAGCUGGGCACAUGACACCCUCAACUUCACCCGGGGCUGUUCGAGUGCCCAUCAGAAAUUCGUCUUUCUGCCCUAUUUGGUGAUCACCAUGAUUCUGCUAAUCACACUUUUCCUUGGCACCCUCACCUGCUUCUGUGUGCGGAAGAGGAAGAGGAAGCAGUCACAGACCAGCUCAGGGGAAUACUUGACAAUUUAUGAAGAUGUCAACAACCUGCAAAUCAGGAGAAAUCAAGAACAGUGGCAGAAUCCCCCUGGAAAAGGAAGCACCGUCUACUCCAUGAUCCAGUCCCGGUCUUCUGCUUCCACAUCACAAGAAACUGCAAAUACAUUAUAUGCAUUAAUACAGCCUUCCCAGAAGUCUGGAUCCAAGAAGAGGAACCACAGCCCUCCCUUCAGUAGCACUAUCUACGAAGAGGUUGGAAAGAGACAACUCAAAGCCCAGAACCCUGCUCGAUUGAGCCGCAAGGAGCUGGAGAACUUUUGUAUAUAUUCCUAGUUGACACAGCUGCUCUCAUCUCUCUUACAUCCCAGCAUCUGCUUUGGGAAUCAGCACAAUGGAUGAUACCACAUGAGUCUCUGCAGAACAGUUUCUAGUUUGGAGAGGAGAUGAGAGUUUGUUCAUGGUCUAUAUAUAUAUAUUUUUUUUUUAAAUGAUUUCUAACAGCCAUUAUAAGGGCAAGGCUGUUAAAUAAUCUCUCUCAAUUUACAGACUGGACAAGAAUGGGUGGUGAGGUUAGGUAGUUCACGAAAGACCACACAGCAAGUCCAAGUACGGGUAGUCUUUCAAGUGCUAUGUAAAUGUAGGGUGGUGUUAUUAUUAACAUCAAGAUUCUCUUCUGGUUUUCUAAUCUGUUACUCAUUUCCGCUCCUCCCUAAUCUGGGAUGAGGGCAUUUCUAGAUGUUCCCCUUGCCAUGGCCCAUCUUCCAAAGAGGAAGGAAACAUAACCGUGACUCAGACAAAGAGGAACAGCCCCCCUCUGUGAAGGUGGGCUAACUAGCCGUUAAGCCACUGGCAGGUUCUCCCAGGGGGCUGGGCCUGGGCUUUACUCAAAUACAGAGGAAAAACUCCCCCACCACAUAUUUAACCUCUCCCUCUGGCCAAUUGGUCACAAGGGGGAGUGGGCAGGAGUGAGAGGAGAUGGUGCAGAGGAAGCCUGUCUCUGAGUGGAAAAAUCACCCCGAGCCCACACUGUCCUGAUGGUUGGGCAGUGAGACCUGCUUUGUCUACAGUAUGAUGUUUGAUUUACGAAAGCACAUUGUUAGACAUCUAUUUUGUUUUCUUCAUAAAAUCUUCACAAUUAGAAACCAUAUCUUAUUAAGUUCUGAGUCCUGAUGAGGGCUCCCUAUGGCACACGCUGGAGGGAGGGCUCAGACAGCUGAGCAAUUGGGAACUAGAUGCUACGCUGGGCUCCGCUGAGUCUUGAGGCCAGACCUUUCCACAAGGCUGUGGGGAGCAGGCUGAGACACUGGCUGAGCCCAGGAAAGGGAUGAAGGUGAACUGGAAGAGACCCUACUCAGAGACCCCAACAGGUGAUAUUGCAUGGAGCCUGGUUCUUCAACUGCCCCACUCUGUAUUUAACAUAUGAAUUUAAUAUAAAACUGUGGUGUUAGUCAGAGGCAGUCUAAAUUUCUUUCCUGAAUUACAUUUAUGUGUCUCCUCCAUAAUCUGUGCUUUUCCUCUUUAUAGCAGCCAAAGUACACUGUGGGCCAUCAAUAAAUGUAUGUCUAUCUAAUUCCUGCUGGAGAAGAGUCUGGCCUUCUGGUGAGCAGUCAGUGUCUCUCAGCCUUGUUCACACUGGAACAGCAGAUUCUGGGACCCCCGAUCCCAGGGGGACAUUCAGUCUCGUGGGAGAUAGCCACAACAUGCACUUGCUCAUGCUCUAUCUGAUCCCUCUCCGCUGCAUGG